CUCGUCUCAUCGGUGCAAACAGAGGAGUCUCUUUGGCAAACGCACAGCCGGGAGGGAGCCCCUCCAUACAUUUCUUUUUUUAAAAAAAAAAUCCUAGAAACGGGGAUCAGAGAGAAAGAAAAGCGGGGGGAGGGGUAUGGAAUCAAGCCUCCCUUUGUAGAAUUGGAUCUGGCCCAGCAAGAUCUCGGUCGCUUCCCGGGGCGGUGAGGGAGAGAGAAUGAGAGUCAGGAGGAGAUCCAAAUGUGCAGAUCGAGGCUUUCCUUCAUCGUUUGGGUGUAUGUAGUUUCCCCGGUGGGUGCUCUGGGGCGCACGUGGCUUGACUGGGGCCGGGGGAAGCCGGGCGAGUCAAGAGGAAGAUAAUGCACGUCUGAACAGGCGAAGAAACGGGAGAACAUCCCUCUCCUGGGAGGAUUGUGGAUAGGCAGCCGGAGAAGCAUCGCUUCAAAACCAAGCCAGAACGGGGGCGGAGAAGACAGAAGCUCAAAGAACCUGCCUCGAUCCAAGUAGCUUGUUCUAGAGCUUUCCAGGAGAUCAGCCCAGGAUGAAAAUGGAAAAGGAUGUCUCUGAUGGCCAUACGCGAAGAGAGGAGUUAGAAGUCAUAGGAAAGACCCCUCGUGUCCUCCAGGACAAUGUAGGCCGCAAACCUAGGGUGGACUUUGAGGGAGAAACCAGACUUCCUGAAGCACUGCAUUCUGGGGGAAUGCUCCGAAAAGCAUCUCUACAUCAGGUGAAGGAAGAACAGGAGGAAGCUGUGGCCCAGUGUUGGGAGGCCCAAUGGCAGGAAUUCCUAAGGACAGUGGAAUCCCCUCACUCCAGUUGGAGAGCCCUACAGUUGCCAGAGGAGCCCACACCAUGGGAUGACACAAAGGCCUUCCUGGCCUCCUUUGAGCAAGUGGCCGAAGCUUGCCAGUGGCCCAAGGGAGAGUGGACAGCCCGGCUCCUGCCAGCUCUCAGCGGAGAAGCCAAACUGGCCUUCCACAGCCUGGAGGUCGGAGACAGAGAGGAUUAUGGGAAAGUGAAGGCCAUUAUCCUGCGCUGGGACGCCCUCACCAGGGAGAGGUGGCGCCAACACUUCAGGCAUUUCCGUUACCAGGAGGCCAAGGGGCCCAGAGGGGUUUACAGCCAACUCCAGGAGCUCUGCCGUCAGUGGCUGAAGGUGGAGAGGCACUCCAAGGAGCAGAUCCUGGAGCUGCUGAUCCUGGAGCAGCUCCUGACCGUCCUGCCACCAGAGAUCCAGAGCUGGGUGAGGGAGCACGGCCCGGAGACCUGUGCCCAGGCGGUGGCCCUAGCGGAGGAGUUCUUGCUGAGGCAGCGAGAGGCUGAGAGAGAUGAUAACCAGGUAUUUGAGGAGGAAGAGGAGGAGACUGCAAGUUCCUCCGAGGCUGGCAGGGCGUCGUCUGACAUCAUGCAGAGGCAGCUGACCAUGGAAACCAAGCAGGAACUUGGUGACAAUGACGGUGGGGAUUCCAGCCUGUUGGCAGGCAAAGGAUGGAUGACCACAGAUGAUGAUGAGAAAUACUUGCCGGAAGAUUCUGAUCUGGAGGGACCACGUGGGACUUCAGCGUGGAAAGAAGAAGAGAAUCUUUCUCCUUGUUAUGAGCAGGAUACUUCAUCAGCCAGUCAGGAAAUAAUGGAGUGCUGGCAGAAAAUCCAACUGGAUGAGGAAGCAAAUCAGUCCGUUUCUUGUAGGGAAGGUCUCGAAGCUCCCAGGGAAACCACAAUCCAAAUAGAAAUUGAUGCUGCAGGUGAUGGGUGGGAGAGUGAGGAAGAGGAGGAAGUAGCUGGGAUAUCAUCCAAAAGAACUGAGCAUGAACAGUUGAAAGAGAUCCUUUGGAAUCGAGAUGGACCAAUGAUAGAGGAAGGAAACCACACAGGGAGAAAGAAACAUCAAUCCAUUCCUUGUCAAGAUGGGGACUUUUAUGACAUACCAGUCCAACAAGAACAAGCACAAAACAUAAGGAACAAGGUCCUUGAUGCUCAGUGGAGAAUCCACACAGAAGCAAAACCAGAUCAAAGGUUAGCAUUUGGGAUGAACUUUACUGAGGGCAAAAAUCUUCCAGAAUUUCAAAUGCUCCAUGAAGAGCAAAAACCUUAUAGAUGCUUUGUGUGUGGAAAAUGCUUCACACGGAGUACAAACCUUACUUCACAUCAAAGAAUCCACACAGGGGAGAAGCCAUAUGGCUGCCCAGACUGUAACAAGAGAUUUUCUAGUCAGUCAGAUCUUAUUAAGCAUAAGAGAAUUCACAGAGGAGAAAAACCAUAUAAAUGUUUUGUGUGUGGAAAGAGCUUUAGCCAAGGUGGUCACCUUACUUCACAUCAAAGAAUUCACACAGGAGAGAAACCUUAUAAAUGCUUGGAAUGUGGGAAAAACUUUAGCAAGAACACCAACCUUACUUUGCAUCAAAGAAUUCACACAGGAGAGAAACCAUACAAAUGUCAAGAGUGUGGGAAGAGCUUCACUUGGAAUUCAAACCUGACCUCCCAUCAAAGAAUCCAUACAGGGGAGAAACCAUUUAAAUGCUCAGAUUGUAGCAAGAGCUUUUGUAAUCACUCGACUCUUAUUAAACAUAUGCGAAUCCACACAGGGGAAAAACCCUAUAAAUGCUUUGCAUGUGGAAAGAGCUUUAGCCAGAGCUCAAGCCUUACUGCGCAUAAGAGAAUUCACACUGGGGAGAAACCAUAUAAGUGCUCUGAAUGUGGAAAGAGCUAUAGUAAAAAUACAAAUCUUAUUUCACAUCAGAGAAUUCACACAGUGGGAAAGUUGCACAAGUAACUGUGUUAAAGCUUGGAGUUUAGAAAGAAGAGUCUGUGAUGUAUACAUAGAGGAGAAAACAUAGAAUUAAAACUUUUUCCAGAUACAAAAGAAAUGCAGCUGCCAUCUUAUUAGAAAUUCACACAAGAGGUGUACAGAUUAUAACAAAACCUUUUGUUAUAAAUCAGGCCCAGUCCUAGGUCCAGAGAACCAUACUAGCGAUAGCAGGUGGAACUGAGGAAAACAACAGCUAAACGGAGUUCAUUGUUUCUCCAUCAUUCAGUUAAAAUGUAAACCCAAGGAUAGUAAAAAUUGUUUGCAGGUUUUCAUAGAUACACAUUUCUAUUUGUGAUCGUUGCAUUAUGCAAACAACAUUGAAA